UGGUCUUCGCAAUCUGUUAAGUCUCUUUUCUUUAGUAGGGGUAUGUAGACUGACCUCUUCCAAUCUGUUGGUCUCUAGGCAUCUUAGAGUUCUUAGAUCUCCUUGGGGACAGAAUCCAGCUGCAGGACUUCCGCGGAUUCCGAGGUGGCUUGGAUGUUACGAGAGGUCAGACAGGAACAGAGUCUGUCUACACCAAUUUCCGGGGCAAGGAGAUCAUGUUCCAUGUCUCUACAAAGCUACCCUUCACAGAGGGAGAUGCCCAGCAGCUUCAGCGGAAGCGCCACAUUGGGAACGAUAUUGUGGCCAUUGUCUUCCAGGAUGAAAAUACUCCCUUUGUCCCUGACAUGAUUGCCUCCAAUUUCCUGCAUGCCUAUGUGGUAGUGCAGCUUCAUCACCAUGCCCUUGGGGAGACUCUCUACAAGCGGGUGAUCCGGGGCCGUAGCCAGAGCCUGGAUACCAUGGGAAUAGCCAUGAGGAAGCAGCAGCAGCAUUCGCCAUCCACUCUGCCCAGCCGCCCGGCUACUGCUGGUCUUGCUCUCAACCAGAGUGUCGCCGAGGGCCCCAAGGCCAUUGCUGCGUCCUUUGCCCUGCCUGGGAGAAGCCCGUCGCGCAACCGGGGCAGCCGCUUCAAUGGGAGACACAGUAGUGCCAUUGGCAUUGAGAACAUCCAAGAGGAGAACAGAGCCCGAAAGCUUCAGGCCAACCGGAAGAGGCACCAGCUCCCGAUUGCCACUCGCUGGUGA